UCAAUCUUCAGGGUUCCUCCGAUGCCGGAUCUGAUUAAAUCUCUAUCCACAGAGGGGUUACCUGGUAGUAACCAUGCCUCCGUACUAGUGACGACUUAUUACUUAAUAAUACCGUGGGUGUUCCCUCCUUACUUUGUCCGUCCUGUCUCUGCCACCGGUACCGAUGGGUAUUUUUUCUGAUUGAUAAGAGGGCGGCCCACUGCGAGUGCUCGUUUAUUCGCCGCAAACCCACAGUGGGUUCUUCGACUAUUGAGCUUGCUAUUGUUCACGUACGGAGUCCCUAGACAAUAUGAAGAGGACCUAUUAUUAUUGUUCAUCAUCAGCAGUAAUGUAGUACCUAGGUAUGUGUUAUAUUUGAGAGACUAUGAAAUGGAGAUAAUCAGAUACAGAGCUCGAAUUAUUUUUUUUUUCUUCCGUCCUCUCUUUUUUCUGUUUACGAAACAUAUCCAGUCUUCUUAUUCUUCGGCAGAGAUGGGAUAGCGUAAUCUACCCCACUCUCUAGGACAGAUCUUGAUGAGGUUUUGAAACGGUCGGUGAGGUCUGUCCUACGACUUAGGUAGUAGAGGUAGUAAACAGAGAUAAUAAGUACUAUAAGUACCU